AUUAGGCCGAGCUCAAUCUUCAGUACAACGUCAGCGCCGUGCCGUGAUGUACACCUUCGUCCUGCUGUGCACCGCCGUUGGCAUUGCGACGGCUGCCGGAUCCACCACCGAAACAGCGGCUUGUGCCAGCGAGAGAAGUAAAGUGUGCCUUGUAAAGUCGCUCAACGAUGGAUCUGAAUGGCCGGAUCUGGCCAACAGAACCCAGCUGCAGGUGGCCAGCGGGCACCUUAAAAUGCUGUCGCGUCCGAUGACCGACCGGAUGGAGAAACUUCGUACGCUGCAGCUCGAAGGACUGCAGCUGGAGAGUGUGUUCGUGCGGGCAAACUUUGAGGAGCUCCGGCUGAGUGGCAACAGGAUCGUGAACCUGUCCACCGACGGCCGGGUCAGUGCUUCAUCGUCAGCGCACCGCCUAAAGGUGCUCGAUCUGCGCUCGAAUCGCUUCGCGAACGUAUCGCAGCUAGCCCCGUUCCGGAAGCUGGUGGAGCUACGGCUCGAUGGCAACGCCAUCUCGGUGCUCGAGAUGGGUCCGUUCCAAGGGAUGACCGGGCUGCGGUGGCUGUCGGUGGCCGGCAACCGGAUCGCUAGUGUCGUGCCGGUCCCAUCGCCACCGCUCGAGCUCGGUGAGCUCGUCCACCUAUCGUUGGCCUCCAAUCAGCUGCAGGUGCUCGAAAUGGGCACGUGGCAGUUGCCGUAUCUAGAGACCUUGCUCCUGGACGACAAUCAACUGGUCGAACUGGCAGGGCUCCAGAAUUUCGAGCAGUUUGUGAGUCUCGCCCGACUCAAUCUGGUCGGUAACCGGUGGAGCUGCCCGUGGCUGACCGGGGCACUAGCGGACGCCGGCACCAUCGUGAUCGACCGCAGCCAGGUGGACUGUUCGUUCGAGCAGGUGGCCGGCGUAUGCUGUCAAUUCGCGGCGGCCACCCCCGGGAGCGCGGAGCAGCCGUUUGUGGCCGAAACACGGAUCGCCCGCGAGAAGAUGCGCACGAUCGAAGCCCUUCAGGAACGGCUCCCGCGCGAGUGGGAUCUGUUGGUGGAGCGGUUCGAGGUCAAACUCCAGGACCAGCUGAACAAAGCGCUGGCCGCCGGUGCACCGGUCACCCGAAAGGAUGUCGAGAAGUUGCGGGGCGAACUGGCGACCCUAGUCGAACACGCCAAGGAACUGGAGGCCACGAUGGCCCAAAAAGUACAGAACGAGAAGCGAUUGGUUCAUUUUAUGAUCGACAUGAAAAACCGACUACUCGGCCAGGCCAUCGAAACGGACGCGCUGGUGGCACAGUGGGGCAGCGAAUGGAUCGAGCUGACCCGGCGCUUUAACUAACCGACGACAAGUUUAUUAAUAAACGAAAAAGAUUCACAAGAAAUCCGUGUUCGAUUCGCCGUUGUCUUCGCUUAUUUGGGCGAGGAAUUCGAGCAGGGCUUCCACCUUCCGUUCGAGUUUUUCGGUGACACGUGCCUGGAGCGUGCUGCUCUGGGCGACGGCUCGGUCCAGCAGCUCCCGAAUGCUGUCCAUGUCCUUCGACUGUCGCUCCAGCACGGCCUGCUGUUUGUAGGCCUUAUCGGUGUAGAGUUGCAUUUGCUGCGUGCUUUGCUGCAGCAGUCCCCGAAGCUCCUUCAGGGCCGUCUCGUGCGCCACGCUGGUCUGGUGCCAGCUGCUCCCCAAGGUUGUGUUUGCGUCCGCCAAUUGUGUGCCAUUCCAGCGCUCGUUGAUCGCGUCCCGUACCUGUUCGAUCUGGUCCCUCAUCCGUGACUCGAGCCGGCUUACGUCGUCGUCCUUUAGUUCGUCGACUGUCACGGCCAACGACUUGAGUGCGGUGUCCGUCCGGUUCUGACGCUCCAGCAGAUCCUCGAGCCGACCGGACAGUGUGUUGUGGUGUGCCUCGAUCAAGCGCACGGUGGCGUUGGCACUCUCCAGAAGCGUGCGGUUCAGGUUGGUGAUGUUCUUCGACAGAGCGCCAAUCUCGGACCACUUGCUGUCGUACACGUCCAUCGCGCCCGGUGCAACCUUCUCCGAGGUGCAACAGUGCCGGCCCAUGCGCGUCAGCUUUUCCUCCUCGCAGCGUCCGGCCGGGUCCUGGUCGAGCGUAAAGCGCUGAUCCGGCACUUCCAUUGCGUAUAGGUUCUGCACCAACAGCCAGUCACAGUUCCAGCGAUUGCGGGCCACCUCAACGUGCGCCAGGGCCGGGAACUGAUCCAACUUUCCCUCCACCCAGUUCAGCCCGUUCGCGGUCAGGUUCAGGUCCGCCAACGAUGCGAACUCCCAGUGCUGCAUGUCCAGUGCGAUGAGAUCGUUUCCGGCGAACGACAGGCUGCGCAGCUUGUCUAGCUGUAGCGGAGCGCUCUGCGGGGCGAGCACCACCGUGGUCAGCUGGUUGUGGGCCACCGACAGCACCCGCAGUUCGGCUAGUUUGCCGAACACCCCCAGGUCGAGGGUGGUGAGCUGGUUGUGGUCCAAAUUCAGGACCCGGAGCUGCACGAACCGACUGACCACCGUCAGGGCCGUGAGUCGAUUGUUCGACAGCUGCAGCGUCCUGAGACCGAACGAGGUGCCGUUAUCGUCGUUGUCCACCACCAACGACUCGAUGGCAUUCCCCACCGCCGACAGGUGCAUGAGUUUCGGACCGACAAACAAACUCUGGACUCCCAGUCGGUCCAGCGUCAAGUCGUUCACGUCCGGCCACUUCUUCAGCAGGGCACGCGUGACGUGCGGUAUGCGUCCCGACUCGACCAGAAGGGAUCCUUUGAUCGGACCAAACCGGGCGUCGCCGAUGGCGGCAUCCGUCUCCAGCACCAGCUCCUCGAUUUGGCACUCGGUUCCCCGCGAUUGGCAGAAGUA